AUGACGAGCGUACUCGUCCGCGGAUCCUGGCCAAUCCUGGCGAAUCAAUGCGACGAAUUGAUUCCCCGAGUGCGGGAAGAUAAGCGAUGGAGGAUGGAGAAAGAUGAAGAGGAGGAAGUGGCGGCGGCGGAGGAGGAGGAGAGGAUAUUGACAAACAAUCCGGCGGCGAUUGCAUGCAGAAAGUGUAGCUUGGUACAGUUGCAGGAGCAGAUCCAAAACGUUCAGCUCGCGUUAAGCCGAGUACCAGGUACAUACGGCCUCUCGAUCCGCUUAAAUGUGAUCGCGAGAGGGACAGUGUCUUGUCGUUCUUCAUCGUGUUAUUUGAACACGAGUAAUCGACAUGAUGAUCUAUUUGCACCUGAGAAGGAUGAGGAUGUAUUCAACAAUAGUUCUGAUAAUUUGUUCAGCGACAAAAAGGGUCUCAUUGACGAACAAGUAUCUGCAAACUUGUGGAAAGAUAAGCCAAUCAAAUCUUAUAAGAAUAGUAAUAUUAUACCAGCCAGUAUCGAUGUACCACCACCAAUAAGUAUAGUUUCGACGAAACCAAAAUCAGCGAUCGAUGAUCUGUUUGUCGAUGCGGAUUCAGAAGAAGAUUCGGACGACAUCUUUUCGUCGAAAAACGUUGUCAAGAAACGCACAAAAGAACCUUCCGCAAGUGAUAACGCUUAUUCUUCGAAUGCAAAGAAUGCGAAUACAAAAAGAUUCUUAGACAUUGUAGCACCCGGAACUAUUGGUAACAUUGCCACGAGCACACCGGAAUCCAACGUCAACGUCACGAGUUUGUUUAGUGAUGAUGAGAAUGAUGACACAGAUUUAUUUGACAAUUCCACAAAACAAUCUCAUAAACCUGCAAACAUGUCAUCAUCUACAAAUACAGUUCAGGAGCAGAGUAAAAAGAAGCCUCCUGUCGGUGGUCUAUCAAUAUUUGGUAAUGUUACGACGUCGGACAUCGAGAACAAACUGUCGAGCCGAAUAAAACAACGACGACAAGAGUCAUCUGAAUCAUCUGAUAGCGACGCGCCAGGAAAUUCUGAUAGCGCGACGAGAAGUAACGUUGAGUCAGUGAAUCGUAGUUCGCAGAAUCCUACGGCGAAUGUAUCUGCGAUUAUCGAGAAUGCCACAACCAGCAGCAGUGGGAUAUCAAUGCAACCGCCCAGCAUCGAUAAUACAGCCGGAUCCGGUUUAUGGAAUUUCCAGCCGUGGAUGACCUCGACGAGGCUAGUAUCCGAGGAGAUCUAUCGCGAGCGCGUUACCAGUGACAGUCUGUUUGCGGCGCGAACACAUCAUCCAGCGAAUGCCAACAGUAACAAUCCACAACAGCAGCAAUCGCAGCAGCAAUCGCAACAGCAACAACAAUCGGGACAGGAACGGCAAGAUAUUUCGUCGGCACUGCUCGAGGACGACGUGUUCGAGAACGACGAUCUGUUCGGGCCGCCGCCGUUGCCGAGCAAGUCGGACUCGAAGCGAGGAGGCAAGUCGAAGGUCUCGUCGCUCUUCGACGAUUCCGAUUCUGGCGACGAGCUUUUCUCCGCCGCUAGCUCCGGCUCCAGAUCGCAGAAGAGCACAGAUGUCCACGUCGCGGUGACGUCGAGCGACAGAGCGAAACUAGCCCCAAAAACUGGCGGUCUGUUCGACGACGACGACGUGGACAUAUUUGGCGAUAGGGACGUUCCGGAUGUCGAUAUCUUUGGAGUGACGUCGAAGCCAACGUCGAGAGACGUGGCUCCGGAUGACCUGAGCUCGAUAACGUCGAAGAGCAACAAAAAUAAUUCACAAAACACGAGAAUGGAGUCGAAAAAGAUCAGUCUGUUCGACGACGAUGAUGAUGGUGAUUUAUUCAGCGUAAAACCGAUGAAAUCGAAGAACGAGCGUAAGACUAAUCUCUUUGAGGACGAGGAUGAUCUAUUCCUGCCGGCCAAGGAUCACUCCUUGAUAGAAAAAGAUGCAGCAGUUGAACCAAAGACUGACAUUUCCAAAAACGACUCUAGUCUCGAAAAAGAAAGAAAGAGCAAAAAUGAAUCAAAUUAUUUGGACGGGCUAUUUUCGAAAAACACGAGACCUCGCAGUCUUUUAUUUGAGGAUGACGAUUACGACGAUCUUUUCGGCAAAAAAGAUACGACAUCGCGCGAAGAUGAUCGAUUGAAAUCCAAAAAAGAAGUCAGAAAAGAUGUCGCUGAACCUCAAACUCAAAAACUCUUUGAAGAAAAUAAAAAUUUGGCAGAGUUAUCGAGUGACGUCAAAAUGGAGUCAAAUAUCGUCGCGGGGAACGUACAUGAGGAGAAAAAAGAGGUUGAAGUUAAGCAAAUGCCUUCCAACACCGAGGAGACCGGCACGGCAAAGAAGAACUCUCCACCAAAAACCUUGAGCAUCCGAACUAUCUCACCGCCAUCCGAGGAACAGAAUACUCAACAAGUAUCUCGAAGAUUGGUCUCCGGUAAGAUAAAGAAUCUAAUGGGAAAGAUGGGUGAUUUGAAGAUACUCUCACCAAUGGAUGCGCCGCCGUUGUGGAGAAAGAGCGAAGAUAAGACAGAUGAGGACGAGGAUGUCGUGGAUCGGGAUAGUGGAGAUCUGGAAACCGGUGGUCACGUUUCGCCUCCAAGCGUGUCAGAAGGUAGUACGCGAAAGGAAUCCUCUUACUCGACAAUCUCCACCGCUAGCAAUGCGGAAGCGGCGAUAAAUUUCGAUGAUUUGUCUCAAGUAGAAACGUUAUCUACUGCCGCAUCCAAGAGUCGAGUGAGGAUUCAAGCAAAGCGUCGUCCUCAGAGCCGGCAUGCCCGAAAAUCCGCGCUGCGACACAGCGGUAUCGAUUUCGACACGGUUGACAACGUGGAUAAUGAUAAUUCCCAAGAAGAGAGUUAUGCUAGCACUUUCUCGUCCACCAAAGAUUCAUCUGCCGCUCCAGCGAUCAGCACCUCCGAUCGUUUGACCAUCAAUGAUAAUGUUCAGCGCUCGGCAAUCGAUCCUUCUUCCAUAGAUGACAAAUCCGAGCUGGGUAGCAUCAGUAAGGAAAGUUCGAUGAGUGUAAACAAGAACACUCUGUUAUCGCCAUCCACCGAUGAGGAGGAUUUGUUCGAUGUGCCACCAGACUUGCCGGAAGAUUCGCAGAAGGAAGACACGUUAUUUGGUAGAGCGCCAAUACUUUCACCGAUUAAUGACGGGCAAUCUGAUAGAACGCCUGUUACUGUUGAGCCUUUAGAUAUCGCGACCAAGGAGCUCGACAAUAUUGAUAAUGUAAAUGCGACAAAUAAUAAAAGUGAAAAUAAUGAAAGUGAAAAUAAUGAAAGUGAAAAUAAACAAAGUACUAGCGAAUUAAUGCGAUCGGACAUUGAUACCAAAUCGGAUACAUUAAAAAGUAUCAAUAAGAAGGAUGAUAACGAAGUAGAUAAAAAACGAAGUGAGGUGACAAGAGAGUCCAGUGAAGAGCCGAGCGAUCCUUUACGCGACAGCACCCACGAUCCGCUAAAAGAUCCUAGUCAAUUGUUCGCGUUUGUCACGAAAACACCAUCGCCAGAAAAAAGCAAAGGACUGUUAUUUUCUGAGCCGGAUGACAGUAUUUUCUCUAGCGGUUUGGCGAGGAAGUCGAGUGAGCCGAAGAAGGAUAUUUUAGAUCUGUUCGUAGACGACGAUACAGGUGAUCUAUUUUCCGCGGCGCCGUUAAAGAAAACAGUAAAAAAGCCACUGCGGGACACGAAGAUCGGUCUCUUCGGCGAUGACAAUGAUGCGCAGAAUGGUGAGGACGAUAGUCUCUUCGGUAGCGCGUUCAGCAAAGCGAAACUAGAUAGUCUGCAAUCAAAUUCUACUUUAGUCGGACGAAAGAAGAACAAUAUUUUCGACGACGACGAUGAUGAUGAUUCCAGUCUGUUUGUUGAGUUAUCCGGCCAGUCGCAGAAAUCGGAUAGCGUAUCAUUCUCGGAAUCCAAACACGAUUCUCAAACCGACUCUCAGGUUAAGAGCUCGAACUUGAAGGAUAUCUUUGGCAAUACGCCUUGUGAUGACGACGAAGACGACAUCGAUCUUUUUGCCACGAAGAAAAUUGUUCCUAAGAAAAUUAUCGCAUCGUCUAAGUCCUUGUUCGCAUCGGAUGACGAUGACGACGAUGACGGCCAUAUCUUCGGUAAGCAGCCAUCUGCAUCGACGGAUUUGAAAGCAAAAACGACGAUGAUUGCAGCAAGUUCAAGAUCGGCUAUGAAGAAACCGGUCACUAGAGAUCUGAAGAAAACGGCUGAGAAGAUCGUUGAGGAUCCGCUGAGUCUUCUCCAAGACGACUAAUUCAGUUUCCUUAAGAUAAAAUAUUUCUGAGAUUUUUCAAUUAGCCACACGACGCUUAGUCACAAAAGUGUUCGUCUAAGAAAGCGAAGAAAGUACAGAAAAAUAAGAGAAGCUUGAUCUUUGUUUUGCAUUUCUGUAAAAAAAUAUCAUUUUUGAGUA